AUGGGUGCCUUGUGCUCCUCGGAAACCUAUAUGCUCGACAAGGAGACUUACAAAAAACAGGUGGAGCAUAACAAGAUGAUUGAGAGUGAUUUGGAGAAGGACCGGAAACUGAAAAUAUUGAAGUUGCUUAUUUUGGGACCGGGAGAAUCUGGAAAAAGUACAACGAUAAAGCAGAUCAAAAUUAUUCACGACGAAGGAUACAGUAUUGAAGAGAAAUUAGUUCGGAGACAUGGAAUUUUCAUGAAUAUUUUGGAAGGAAUCGAAGAAAUCCAUUUGGCUGUUGGAAGGGAAAAUAAAUCUUAUAAGAAUCCAUUAUCAUUCGACCACAUUCACGAAGUUCGGAUGUUCACAGAAAACUUCAAAAAAGCGGAUGACGGUGAAAAGGCGUUAGGAGCUGAAGUCAUUAAUGCAAUUCAAAAAUAUAUAAAAGAUGAGACUGUUGCGAUGAUGCUGAGAGAGAAAACAGUUUAUAACAUCGAUGAUUCCACGAUUUAUUUCCUGGAUAACUUCUCUCGAAUAAUUGAAAAAGAAUACAUACCAACGGAAGAAGAUAUUUUGAAGAGUAGGGUACCGACUUCUGGAGUCAUUCAGUACAAAAUUAUGUUGAAAAAUUUCAAUUUCAAAAUAUUCGACGUUGGUGGUCAACGAGCUCAAAGGAGGAAAUGGUUACAUGUUUUUGAUGACGUUCAUGCAGUUCUUUUCAUCACUUCACUCUCCGAAUAUGAUCAAGUGUUGAGGGAAGAUGCUACUGUGAAUCGAAUGAAAGAAUCGUUGAAUUUAUUUGAGAAAAUUUGCAACGGAAGGUACUUCAUCAACACUGCAAUGAUCUUAUUUUUGAAUAAGAUUGAUCUGUUUGAAAUUAAAAUUAAACAUACGAACAUCACUGUUGCUUUGACAAGUUACAAAGGACCCCAAGAACGAGACAGUGCCCUUGACUACAUUCGAAAACGAUUCGUAUCUUUGAACAAAAACAAGAAGCGUUCAAUCUAUGAGCAUGUGACUUGUGCGACAGACACUGAACAGAUUCAGGUCGUCAUUGACUCUGUCAUAGACGUUGUGAUUCAGCAUACUAUGCAAAAAGUUGGAAUUCAAUAA